AUGGCCAUGUCCCAGGCAGCAUGGAAGGCCGAGCAGGCAAUCGGCCACGACAACAAUGCGACGACCGCUCAGGAUGUCACCAAUCCCGCUGACAACAAGGACUGGGCCGAUCCGAGCGACACGAUGAAGGCGCUGGCCUGGAUGGGGAAGAACAAGGUCGAGGUCAUCGAAGUACCAAAGCCCAAGAUUCUGGAGCCCCGCGACGUCAUCCUCAAGGUUACCGGUAGCACCGUCUGCGGUAGCGACCUGCAUCUGCUCCAUGGUACGGUUGUCGAGCUCAAGAAGGGCGACAUCUUGGGCCACGAGUUUUGCGGUGUCGUCGACGAAAUGGGUGCCGGAGUCACGGGGUUGGCCAAGGGUCAAAGGGUGGUUGCAUCGUUCCAGAUCGCCUGUGGUGACUGCUAUUUCUGCAAGAACAAGCUGUCUUCGCAAUGCGAGAAGACGAACUCCAACACCAUCGAGAAUGCCAUGUACGGCGGCCGCACCGCUGGCAUGUUUGGCUACAGCCACUUCACCGGCGGCUUCGCUGGCGGCCAAUCCGAGUACGUCCGCGUGCCGUACGGUGAUGUCAACCUUCUCAAGCUUCCCGACGACGUCCCGGACGAGAAAGGCCUCUAUCUGUCAGAUGUUCUGGCCACCUCCUGGAACUGCGUCGUUGACACGGCUGUCUACGAAGGUGAUGUUGUCGCCAUUUGGGGCGCCGGUCCCAUCGGGCAGAUGUGCGUCGAGUUUUCAUUCCUCCAGGGAGCAAGACGCGUCAUUGUCGUCGACGCCAACUGGCGGCUCGACUUCCUCAAGGAGAAAUAUCCCAAGGUGGAGAUCCUGGACUACUCGAAGCUGGCCAAGGGUGAGAGCGUGACCAGUAAAUUGAAGGAAAUGGUCGAUGGUCGUGGCCCCGACGUCGCACUGGAGUGCGUCGCGGGCGAGUACGCAAAGGGAUGGGCGCACUACUUCGAAAUGAUGCUGGGUAUGGAGACCGACACGAGUGAGAUCGUGAACGAAAUGAUCACCAGCGUCAGGAACUUCGGCCGCUGCGGUAUCACUGGCGUUUACGUUGGUUUCACGAACCACUUCAACAUUGGAGCGCUCAUGGAGCGCGGAAUCCGGCUGAUAGGCAACGGGCAAGCGCCUGUCCACCUCUACUGGGAGAAGCUGCUGCAGAUGAUCCAAGAGGACAAGAUCCACCCGUUGGCCAUGGUGUCGCACCGGGUCGACAUUGCGGACCUGGACAAGGUGUACAAGAAAUUCGAGGCGAAAGAGGAUGGUAUGCAAAAGGUGUUUGCGCAGACCAGGUUCUCAGCACCACCGUGCGCUGGAAGCCCUGAGUUGACGAGGUUCUGA